CUAGAUAACAUAUAGUUUCUUUCUGCAUCACUUGGAUUUUGACAGAAUGAGAAUGCUGGCAUUUUUCCUUGUUUGUGCAAUAACUCGCCAGUAUGGAACAUGGGGAACUCCAACGCGUGGAUUUGGGUGGACAGAUAUCCCAGGACAAACACCUGCUAAGGUGCAAGUGGGGCACUCUGUGGUGAGGAGAAGCGAGAUUGUCAGUCCGAAUUUACCUGACGAUGCGAACCUUUGUUACCUUUUGAAAGAUGAAGACCAGCAACAAAUGAUCUGCAAACAUCGUUUAACUCGGACCAGCAAAUUCAACGUCAACCCGUUUGGGCUCCGAUUUGGAAAGCGCGACAAAUUUGACCCAUCCAAGGCCAGCCUCAUAAGAUCCAGGACAAGCAAACUGUUGCCUAUUCUACUCUACCUCCGAGAACUAGAAGUUCCUGCCUAAAUUGACACGCAUUUUCUCUUCCCAAGAAGGAACCAAUAUUUAAACAACGGAGACUGUCAAUUUCUUAAUGUUGUAGCAGUUAUAGCAGCGUCGUUAUAGCGCGUCACUCAUGAGGUAAAGAAUGUGUGUGUCAUAUUGUCUACUUGUAAGUUGGGUUUGGGA